AUGGGUCUCGUCGUCUCCGCCACCGCCUCCUGCGGCGACAUCUUCGGCCGACGCCGCUCCCCAACUGCGCCUCCCCCAACUCCUACCCCCGCAGGUAGCAGUAGCAACCCACCACCCACGGACACAACACCGGAGCCAGAGCUCGUCCGUGUGUUCCACCACUUCGACGCGAACGGCGACGGCCGCAUCUCGGCGGCCGAGAUGCGCGAGUCCUGCGGGUGCACGGCCGCGGAGGCGGAGGAGAUGGUCGCUGCCGCGGACCGCGACGGGGACGGGUUCAUCAGCCUCGAGGAGCUCGGGGCGCUGUUCGAGGACGGCGACCAGUCGGACACGCUGCGCGCCGCGUUCGCCGAGUAUGACGAGAACGGCGACGGCGUGAUCACCGCAGAGGAGCUGCGCCGCGCGCUGCUGAGACUGGGGAUCGUCGGGGAGGAGAUGACGGCCGAGCGGUGCGUGGAAAUCGUCGCGGCGGUGGACCGAGACGGCGACGGGGUCAUCUCCUUCGACGAGUUCAAGGCCAUGAUGGCUACCAAGCCGGCGGCGUGA